CUCCUUCUGUCUGCGUGGAUCCCGGUCGAUACAGAAUAAGAUGGACCAGAAGACUGGUGAGGCGGACCAGAUAAUGGAGUACUUCAAACAGCAGGUGCUACUGCUCAAGGAGAAAGCAUUGUUACAGGCAUCAAUACGAGAAGAGAAGAAGCUUCUAGUGGAAAAUGCCAAGCUGAAGAAGGACAUUGAGGAGCUGAAGAAAAUUCUGUUCGAAACACAGAAAAAGAGAGGAGCAAAACAGGCAGCCAUGCCCUUGGCAGUCAGCUCCGCUCAGUGCGCCCCCACACCAUCCACCUCUGCUCCCCCAGCGACUGACAGCACGAACGUUACCCACAAAGACAGUGAGGGACGAAGAAGAAGAGCUGAGAGGAAGGCUGAGAGGAUGGAGCGCAGGAAAGAGGCUGCAGCCUUUCAGACAGAGGAAACAGUGGAUGUUUCCCGUCUGGACAUCCGCGUGGGCAGGAUCAUCACGGCCACAAAGCAUCCUGAUGCCGAUUCACUGUACGUAGAGCAAGUGGAUGUUGGCGAGGCCUCUCCCAGGACAGUGGUCAGUGGACUGGUCAAGUACAUUUCCCUAGAGCAGAUGGAAAACCGGAUGGCAGUGCUGCUGUGUAACCUGAAGCCAUGCAAGAUGCGAGGAGUGGUAUCUCAGGCCAUGGUGCUGUGUGCCACCUCCCCAGAAAAGGCGGAGAUGCUGGAGCCACCCAGCGGGGCCAUCCCUGGGGACAGAGUGACUAUCCAAAGCUCCAUUGGUGAGCCAGACCGUGAGCUGAACCCUAAGAAGAAGGUGUGGGAGCAAGUGCAGGCCCACCUGCGCACCGACAGCAAGUGCGUGGCCGUGUACAAAGGGGCUGCCCUCGAGAUUCGUGGCAAAGGCUACUGCAAGGCGCAGACCAUGAGCGACUGCAGCAUUAAGUAAAGCAUGUCGGGUCCACUCUCAUUUUAUUACUACUCAUCUCAUCUGAGCAAUACGAGCCAAAUGGGCUGAUUCACAGUAAAGACAUGCAGAUAAGCGUUCUUUGACUUUUCUAUCAAUGAAUAUCAGCAGACAUUUGAAAAACUCUACAUUAGGAAUGUACAAUUUUUCUUCUCUUUAUUGUCACAGUAUCACAUUUUUUCCAGAUGAAAAAAAACUUUUGAAUUACACAUACAUUUAAUAUCAUAUAACUUUUCAUUUUCAACAUAUUGUCAUUGGAUGCAUUUUGGCACUGGAAAGUAAGAUAUGAAACAUAACUCUUCAAUCCAGCAAAAAAUAUAUUUAGUUACUUAUUUUGUGCAUUAGGUAAAUUUAUGUAUUUAAUAUUCAUUGGAGCAAAAUCGUGUGCGUUAAUAAAGAUUUAUCUACAAGUGUCAUGGGAAUUUAUUCACGAAUGAUGUCUGGGUGAAGUAUGACUGACACAUUAUACGUACAGUACUGUGUUACAAGGCUAUUGUUCAUACCAGUUAGCAUUCCGUGUUGUUACACAUAUUACACAUUAUUAGACAACAUAAUCAUUUCAGAGAGUACAACUGCAAUGUUAACAAGUGUAAAAGUUUA